GCUAACUUUGCUGACGCAAAAUGGCCUAAUAGAAGAUAAAAGAAGCGUUUUAAAUAAAGUCCAGGUCCACUUAUUUUUAUUCUGGAAAACUAACUAAACCAUUUUACCUUUGACCAUAUAAUAGUGAACACUUAUUCUUUUAUUUUAAAAAAAUGGUGGUAGCAACUGUUUGUCAACUUAGAAAUUCGUUUUUGCGAUAUCAGUUUUAUCUCAGGCGCUUUUUAGCUACGAUACAUUGCGAUAUGUCGUAUGAGGAUGCAAUAAAGUCAUUAAACAGUUUGCAAUCAAAUGCAGCUGUAAUUGAAAAAAUACGCAAUGAACAGGGCCGGUUUCAACAAAACAGUCUUCCAGAAAUGCUUGCAUUUUUACAUCGAAUAAAUGUAAAAGUAUCGGAUUUAGAUUCAUUGAAUAUAAUUCAUAUUAGUGGUACAAAAGGAAAAGGUUCAGUGUCUGCGUUUUGUGAAAGUAUUUUGCGACAUUCUGGUUUAAAGACUGGUUUAUAUACGUCUCCACAUUUGGUCGAAGUUCGUGAAAGAAUUCAAAUAAAUGGGAAACCUUUGGAUAAAACAAUGUUUGCAACUUACUUCUUUAAGUGUUAUGAAAUGUUGCAGAAAAGUUGUGUUCAUCAAGAAGAUAAGCUGCCUGGUUAUUUUCGGUUUUUAACAUUAAUGGCAUUUAAAGUAUUUCUAUCUGAAAAGGUUGAUGUUGUAAUUCUUGAAGUUGGCAUUGGCGGAGCAUAUGAUUGCACAAAUGUUAUACAAAAUCCUGUUGUUUGCGGUAUUUCAAAACUUGAUUUGGAUCAUACAGCUGUGCUUGGUCGCACAAUAUCCAAGAUUGCAUGGCAUAAAUCUGGCAUAAUGAAGUCAGGUAGGCCAACUCUAACCAUUCAGCAAGUAGAAGAUGCAAAAAUAAUGUUGUUCAACAGAGCUGCUGAGCUUAAGGUGCCUCUAUUCUUGGUACCACCUUUAGAUAGAUUUUCAAAUUCUAUUCCAAAUCUUGGUUUAGAUGGAGAGCACCAAAAAGAAAAUGCAUCACUUGCUGUUCAACUUUGUCGAAUUUGGUUUCAGCAAAAACAUUCAUUUCUAAACAAAAGCUGUCUAUUGCCAGAAGAGAAAACUGCGCUGAUGCCAAACGUAUCAGUUGACAAUGAAGGUUUAAUGACACCAUUUACGCUGCCUGAUCUUUUCAUUCAAGGUUUGGUAAAAGCAAGAUGGCCAGGUCGCUGUCAAAUUAUUAAAAGGGAUCAAAUAAGUUUUUUUAUUGAUGGCGCUCAUACCCUUGAAAGCAUGAAGGCAAGUGUUAAAUGGUUUAAGUCAAAACAAGAAAGUUCAAUUUCUCGAAAUGAGAUAUUCCGAAUACUGUUGUUCAAUGUAACAAGUGAUAGAGACCCAACUCCUUUACUGUUGACAUUAUUUGAAUUAGAUUUUGAUUAUGCAAUAUUUUGUCCUAACAUUUUGACUCCGCAUGUUGAUAUGAAAUCAUCAGAUACUGCAAACUUCAAUGUUUCUCCAAAUAAUCUGCUCAUAAAUUGUGAUCGUAUUCGCGAGGCUUGGCUAAGCGUCAUUACACAGAUGAUGCCCCAUUUUAAUAACACGUCCAUUCAACCUGAUGACUAUUCUUUUAUUUUUCCGCAAAUUGACACAGCUGUUAGAUGGUUGAGUAAUAAUAAAGACAGAGACAUACUCAAACCUGAGUUAGGUGGCCCAACAAUACCGAAAAAAAUGGCUGAAUGUCAAUACACUCAAGUGCUAGUAACCGGAAGUUUACAUUUAGUUGGAGGUUUACUUAAGUAUUUAGGUCCAAAGUUUUAUAAUCUUUUUUCUGAAUAAUGUUAUAACUUUUACUUGA